AUGGAUUGCUUGGUCUUGCCCGUGUCAAAGUUGAGAAAGUGCUGCACGAGGUCACGACUAGGCUACCGGCCAUUAACUGAAGAUGGGCUCAGUGAUUUGGGCAGUCCAGUGACCGUGGUGGUGGGAAAAGAAAGGAAAGAGUUCUUGGUUGAUCCAUAUGUAUUAGAAGAGAGCCCUUUUCAGGUUUUGAUAGAAACAGUAAAAAAGGAUAGUAUUUUUGAAGAUACGAGUAGAUCAAGGCAGGAGAAGAGAGUGAUUUUUGUGGAUGUGGAUGCCAUUUUGUUCGAGCAUAUGUUGUGGUUGUUGUACAAUGAUUGUUCUUCUUUAUUUAAGCUAAAUCUCAAGGAGAUUAUUGACUUCUAUGCUCAAGAUUGUUAA